CAUUAAAACGGGCCGUCCGAUUGGUCGUAUCUUCGGCAACUGGCCUAUGUGAGUUCGCGAAACACGCAGCACACACCGUGGACCACCAAAUUGAAGAGGAACAGAGAGCGCCCAGUCUGUUUCUGGCUGGCAUUGUGGAAACUUUGUCCGUCGGUGUUGUGUGUUGCGUUUUUCCAUUCAAAUAUCGGCACGUUUUAACAAUGAACUAUUAUGGAAACCGCAACGUGCCAUUAAAGCGAAUUUAAUUUAAUAAGGAUGGGAUAAACCGCGCAGUGGGACUUUCUUUUUAUUUUUCGUUGACAUUUUUAUUUAUUUUGUAGAAAAAGUGAUGCUCGCUGUAAAUGUUAGUGAAUUUUUUUCGUUUUUUAUUAUGAAUUCUAUACCACCGGGAUUUAGAACAUUGGACAUGUUAUGAUAUUAAAAUAGUGCCGGUUGUAUUUUUUAUUUCGAAAAUUUAAUUUAUUUAUAUAAACUUUUCGAGAAACUGGAGUGUAGUGCAAUGGCAAGCGGUAACAACAGUGUGCAACAAUCGCAAACGCAUUUCCAACAGCAGGGAAACAACAGCCCUCAUCACUGCAAGGAGUGCGGUCUUUACCUUAACUCUGCGGAAUCGCUCGAGGUUCACCUGCAGUACCAUAAAGAAAAUUUACUCAACAAAUGGGCCACUCAGGCAGCGGCGACCCACUCCGAAGAGACAAACAAUAACAACACGAAGGCCGUCAACAUAAAACGUGAGUUUAUGCCUAAUACAAUUUCCGCUGCAGCCGAUAGCUCGGACUCUAUGCUAAAAAAAAGUCCCGAGUACGGCAGUAGAGCGACUCCCGAAACAAGUAAUUUUGGCCACCCUCCAACUCCGCAAAGUUACCAUAGCGCAUCUUCGCCUUAUCAAAACCCGGAAAAUUCGACAUUUUCGCCUGGUUUUCAAAAUUAUCAGCCAAUUAAAGCCGAACGAGCGUCACCCGGCACGCAUUAUCAGCAAACGUACAACGCGUAUUCCGAUAAUCAAUUUUUUAAUUUGGAAAAUUCGCAAAAUCAACAGCAAACGGGGUACACCCAGGAGUACCCCCUUCAUAAAAUGACAAAUCAAACUGGCAAUUUUCGUUAUCAUCCAUAUCAGCAGCAAGGCUACGAUCGAAGUUCGCAACCUCAGGUAUCAUCUUCUAGUCCGGCAUAUCCACCCCAACCAACGCCAUCUCCGAGUCCAAAGCAAUGCGAUAAGUGCGGAUACGUGUGCGAGUCCGCCGCCCAGCUAAUAGAGCACCUAAAUGUAGCGCACCCGCCGACUCCCGCGCCCCACAUGACGUCAUAUCAGCACAAUCAACACUUCUUGUUCGGCGCGCACGAGAUCAAAACGGAAGAAGACGCGCAAAGCGAAAUUUUGGAUUUGGACUCGCAUAAAGUUCACCAGGUCUACCAGGAGGAAGAAAAGCGACAAAAUGGCGAUAUAAACGGUCACAAUCCUCAUUCCGUUUCCGCCAUGUUAUCGACGUGGUCCCACAAUCAGCAAAAUCAGCGAAUUUUCAUAAACGCGCCCGAGCAGAAGCUAUACCAAAACGGCGUACCUCACAACAUGCAAGAUCAGAAGUUGUUCCAGCCCCAUCAAAUUCACGGAGCCGAAUUUAUGACCAACGGCGUCACCACCACGACCCAGGAUAGCGCCACCAACAUAGUUCCUUCCCAAGCUCACAAUUAUCGACCCUUCGAACAUUUACCUCCCCAAUCCGCCACCCCCGUUAUAACCAGCACGCAAGUUCCUAAUAAUGUAGCUCCUUCAAAUCCGCCAAGUUCCGGCAAGGGUACCAACUGGAAGUCGAACGAGGCCCGCCGACCGAAAACCUACAACUGCACGGCUUGCAACAAGUGGUUUACAAGUUCCGGGCACCUCAAGCGACAUUACAAUACGACCCUUCAUAAAAACGCUGUGAAAUCAAGUGGACAACCCGACCCCGCUUCGUUACCCAUCAGUGCCCAUCAUCACCCAGGUCGCGACUCGUGCUCCCGAGGUGGUGAUACCUCGCCGGAUCCCGUAGAAGAUUCCCGAGGCGAAGAGCAGAACACUUUCGAGCGGACCGGCUCAAUUCCCGGUCUCCUCCAGCAGCCGCCCAACGGUCCAUACGAUCGGCAGCCUACCACCAACAUCCACUCCCCAAUGAACCACAAUACCAACGCGAUGAGCCACAAUUCGAUACAAUCUCAUAGUAGUUUAUCAAAUUUAUCUAGUGGGAGUCCCCCAAACGGGGAAGCAGGUCCCUCUGCCACUACCAACCUCGACACGAGGGGCCUGCUAUCGUUACCCAGUACACCCAACCCCCCUUUCUCUACACCGGGAUUCAGCAUGGCUCCUAUGAUGCCAAUGGACAACAGUCAAUUCCAGAUGUACCCAAACGGGUCGGCCCCCCACGUUACGCAAGUUACAGCUACCAACAACCACAAUAUUACUGGUGAGUUGAUCGUGACGGAAUCUCAGCAGCCGCUGCCCAGUUUCGCGCAGAUUCAGAAUCAUCGCUACGGCCUGCUGCUGAGCUACGGCACCGCUAACGUGGGGGGCGUGGGUCCGGUAACGGCCCCUUACACAUUCUACAACGUCUUCGAGACAGCCGAUUCCCGGCAAAUAGUGUUUAAGCAAGAGGAGGAGGACAUCCUGACGGCCCCCGAACCUGAUUGCAUUCUUCCUGACGACGGCCCUUACUCGCCGCCGAACCACAACAACAAUCUAUCCGAAUUACCCUCGCUAACCGAAACGGAAGAGCUCAAGAUCAACACGCUCGAAGAUCUCAAAAUAAAGUUCGAAUCCCAGCCGGUUUCUCCCGAGAAGGCGCACAUCAAACGCGACUACGAAGACGGCGCGGGCAGCCCUUUGAUCACCUCGACGGUGCAAGCCAAACAGCCCGGUUUGCAUAAAUGUUUCGAUUGCGAUAAGAUGUUCAAUAAGGCGUGCUAUCUGACGCAGCACAACAAGACUUUUCACAGUGGCGACAAACCCUUCAAGUGUACACGCUGCGGAAAGCGCUUUUCAUGCGAAAAACAGUAUCAAGAGCACACUUCAAAGCACGCAGGGGAGAAACCCUACAAAUGCGACCUGUGCCCUAAGCAGUUUAACCACAAGACCGACCUCCGUCGCCACAUGUGCCUGCACACGGGCCAAAAGCCCUACGCCUGUGACACCUGCGGGAAAGGAUUCAUUCGCAAGGAUCACAUGCUGAAGCACUGCGAGACCCACGCCAAGAAACCGCACAUCUCCAAAGUGACCGCCGUCCGCUAGAGAGCCGCCUCCUCGUGCUCGCACGCAAAAGGUACCUCAUUUAAGUUCAGUUUACUUGGCCAAACUAGCGUUUAAACUGUAUGUAUAGUAUCACCUCUUUGGCACUUUACUAAUUCUUUUAGUAAUAAAACUCCUAUUAUCAUUAUUAUUGAUUAUUGUAAAUAUUAUUUUUUAAACAACACAUUUAUUGCAGAUUAUUUUUGUGAAUUGCUCAAAUACAGAUAUCAAAUAGAACAAUACAAUAUACAGAACUACAAUACCUCAGAAUCUCAGUUAAUAAAAAUAGAGUAUAAUAAAGAAAUAUUUAUAUCAGAUUUUAAAUAAAUGCGGGCGAUCGUACAACGCUUCGGUUUCUUUUCGAAAAAUUUUAGGAAAUAAUUUUUCGGCUAUUUGCGAAAAAGGCCGGGGCGUUUCGCGACGGCCCCGUUUGAGUGGAUGUACAAACUGUAGUAGAAUUUUCAGAUGAAUAGAAAUAUAUUAAAUUACUGUAUAUUAAAAUACAAGAAACAUUCCUUAGGUUUAGUGUAAGCGCCGAAUUUAAUUUUGCGAAAGUAAAGGCGUUAAUAACUACACAACUUCCAAAAUUAAAUUAGCACGUUUACAAAAAAGAAAUCGAAGUAAUAAAUAUGCAAUAAUGUUACAACGCAAGUUUUGAUAUUUGUUUCUAAGAUGUGAGAGUUGUGAGUCGUUGUGUACAUAUUUACGUUGUUAGGUAAUAAUUUUCCAUAACGAAUCUACCUCAGUUGAUUGAUAUAUGAUGAAUUCUGUGCCAAUUUAAUUAAGAAUUUGUUACUCCCAUUAGUUGUGCGAUGUGCCAAAAUUUUAUUAGCGAAAAAAUUGGUGUAUUUUCGGUUGUUAUAUGCAGCAAACCAAAAAAGUGAUUCCUAAUUUUUGUCGCACUUAAAUUGGUUGUUAGUGCAAUUUUUCCCUAUGUAAAAUGUUAACAAGUUUUUUUAUGUCCUUGAGCUGUUUUUGCUCUUAUUUACGGUUUUAUGGUUAAUUUUUAACCGAAGUAGUUACCAAUGCUGUUUGUAAAAAGUAAUUGAAUAAUUGUUUCCGUUAAACGUUAUACUUCCUUGUGAAUGUGGUUUAUGAUUAGAAAUAAUGUUAGGUUGUAGCCCAAGAUACAUUUGUUUUCAAUGUGGCACCGUUUCACUGUUAACUACACACAGACGGGCAGACAGGUUAUAUACUGUGUAUUAUUUGUUAAGACUGAUAAUAAUAGCUCUUAUUUUAUACUGUACAUUUUACUAAGUUGCAGCUGUUAGAUUUAAGUUUUUUUUGAUAUAUUUUUAUGUUAGUUACAAUAUCAUGGACACUUUAAAAUAAAUAUUGAUUAUUAAAUGUA